GAAAGAGGAAGUCUAUGCAAUCACAAAGCUGUGACAUUGCUGGGAUAACAGGAAAAUAAUGGAACAGCUUGCAUGACUGGAGUGAUACGGUGGAUGGACACGAGCUUAACAAGCAGUGUACUCCUGUUGAGGCUGAUGGUAAAUGUGCUUGAGGCAGCCACAGAACAAUGUAACUGAAUCACACAUCCUCUUUCACCUGGUCUUCAGACAAUUUUAAAAUUUGAAAUCCUUGGGAAAGCGUUUUGAAGUUCUUCUCAACAUAUUCUUUUUUCUCAGAAGUCUACUGCUAAAAUGAAUUCUACAGAGCCUCAUGCUGCAGAUUAUUCAUAUUAUUCAGACUAUGCCUCUCUAAUCACGCAACCGUGUUCUAAGCUGGAAGUCAGGAGCUUCACAAAAGCAUUUCUGCCAGUUGCGUAUUCAUUGAUUUGUAUCGUUGGGCUUGUUGGUAACAUCUUUGUAGUGAUGACCUUUGCUUUGUAUGAAAGAACCAAGUCCAUGACGGAUGUGUACCUCUUAAACAUGGCCAUAGCAGACAUACUGUUUGUUCUCACUCUCCCACUGUGGGCAGUGAAUUAUGCUGCUGACAAAUGGAUUUUUGGUGAUUUCAUUUGCAAAAUGACCAGAGGUAUCUAUGCAAUCAACUUCAGCUGUGGCAUGCUGCUUUUGGCCUUUAUCAGUGUGGACCGGUACAUUGCUAUUGUACAGGCAACAAAGUCAUUUAAACUCAGGGCAAGAACACUCGCGCAUAGUAAACUCAUUUGUUUGGUUGUGUGGGUAUCAUCAAUUUUAAUCUCUAGUUCCUCUUUCUUAUACAGUGAAAGUUACAGCUUCUCCAUCAAUGAAACCAAAGAGAUUUGUGAUCAGAGAUUCGACAGAAUGUCUGAAAGCACAAUGCUGAAAUCACUGCUGCUGUGUCUACAAGUUGGAUUUGGAUUCUUUGUACCUUUCAUAUUCAUGAUUUUUUGUUACACGUUCAUUGUCAAAUCCUUACAACAAGCUCAGAAUUCCAACAGAAACAAAGCAAUCCACGUAAUUGUAUUAAUUGUAGCUGUUUUCCUAGUUUGUCAGGUACCUUAUAACGUUGUUCUUCUUGUAAUAGCUAUAAAUAUGGGCAAGAUAGACAAAUCUUGUGAGAAUGAAAAGAUAAUGGCUUAUGCAAAAUACACCACUGAAGCCAUAGCAUUUUUACACUGCUGUAUGAACCCUGUGCUCUAUGCAUUCAUUGGAGUGAAGUUCAGAAGUUAUUUUGUGAAGAUAAUGAAGAACCCAUGGUGCAUGAGAUACAAGAAACACAAUAAAUGGAGUUCAAGGACAAACUCCGAUGUUUAUCAUUCAAGACAGACUAGUGAAACUCUGACUGACAAUGGAUCUUCUUUUACUAUAUGAUACCAUGUGAAAAAAAUUAUCACUGCAGGACUCUUCUCACUGAGCAACCCAACCCAGUGUCUCUGUGACUGUGACAAGUCAUUUGGGCUUCUCUGCACCUCUAAGGGAGCUCCCAUGAUCUACAACUGCUUUCAAGGAAAAGAAUUAAGCUAAAAGAAUAACACUGUCCCAUGGAAAACUAAAAUCUUAUUCAACUUCCUUACCAUUCAUGUUCUUAUAAAGUGCAGUCUCUAAGAAUUACUAGGAAAGUGAAGUUUAGAAAGGAACUCUCCUUGUUUUCUAAGUCAAAAUUCCAUCCCAUCUGUCCUACAUCACCAAAAUACCUCAAAAGUACUAAGUAAACAAACCAGGCUAUGUUCAGGCUCAUUCUACUUACACUCAUGUUGAUUCUGUUAUUUACUUCUACCUGGAAAUCCCAUUUAAGUAUAGGUCUCCACUGCUUUUUUAGCAGACAGGUCAUGUUGUGAUGGUACUAACCUAAAGAGAUGGCAUUUUGAGGAAGCAUGGCAAGCAAAACAAAGCAAGAACUGAAGAAACAGGCUCAAAGCUGCUGACAUACCUGGGCUUAGGUGUUAAAUCUCAUUAAUCUUUUCCUGGUUCUACACUCCAUCUGUUCAUCAGGACUUCCUUAAACCAAGGCUGAGGGUGGUCAAAGCCAACAGUGACCUGUCUACUAAAAAGAAUAUUAGAAAAACAGAACAUCAUUAAUUAAAGAGAACACUGAAAUAUCCACAGAAAGAUUUUCUGGCAUCUCCUGAGAUUAUCUUCUGAACAGAGAAUGGAUUUUUGCUUGAGAGAGUCUUCUUUUCAUUUGGCAUAGGAUUCAGGUGCUGGAAUCCAUCAAAGCUGAUAAUAUGGUGAAUGUCUCUUUGCGAAAAUUUCUCUCUUUCUAGCUGAAAUUCACACUUAAUUUUUUAAAAGGCAACGAACUGUGCAGAACUGCAAUUAUUUCAAUAUUUUUUGUUGGAACUUGGGUGGCAAAAGAGAAGGCAUUUCUUGGAAUUUAUCUACCUUUAGCAAAGUUUCCUUAGGAAGGGACUUACUAGCACAACUAUGCAUAGAUGAAAUUUACUUUAUUAGCUCCAGAAAUUAUUAAGGACUAUAUCUAAAAAUCAGAUCAGAAACUGACUUAAUUCAGCCAGAAUUUUUACUGCAUCAGCAUUUGACUCACUAUGAAUAUAGAAAUAGUUAUAAUAAAUGCAAUUAAUUUUUACCCAGCCAUGACUUUUCAGCAGAUCCUUAGUGGAUCUUCUAGUCAUUGAAAAAGCUUAACCGCACUGUAGGAAUCAUGGUAGGAUGGUAAGGUAAACAGGAGCCAGAGCUGGAGGGCAGGGGGAUAUGAUGAAGGAGAGAAGAGGAGCACCACUGUUUGCAGUUUGCUGAAGUACCUACCAGUCCUCUGUAGUUCUGCUGCAAUGAGGUAUAAGCCAUGAAGUUAUUUGGAUAGGUUGUUGUGUGGGACUUAACACAUAAGCUGAGAUCUGCAGCUUGCUGUUUAUCUUGGUUGAGUUUUUUUUAAGUUCAUGACUAAAGUGACAUCAGGGCUCGGAUCACUAACCACAUCGUUCAGCGCCAAUGCAAAGGGUCAAGAAGGACAGUGCUGGAGUUGAAGAUCCCUUGAGGAAGGGCAUUGAUAUGGUACAACACAAAACUAGCAUAGCCUUGGCUGGCACAGUCCGUCCUUGUUGACAGAGCAGAGUGAGGUUUUUUUCAAUAUCAGUGCUAGGUGUGAUAAAGAUUGCAUAUAUUUGUCACAACCGAAUACCAACUUAGGCAAGAACAUGAUAAAAAUUGUGUAAAUGCAGAUGCAUGCAUUUUCUGUAUAUAGCACUG